AAUGUAACGAUUUUCCGGUCAUAAACAAUCGUUUUAAAGGGAAAAAUGCAAGGUGCUAAUGAGGUAACAAUCAGACCAAAUAUAGCAAAUCUUGAAAAUGACAAAGCCAGAUACGAAUGUCCACUAUCUUCAUGUACUGCCGUAUUGAAAGGAAUCGGGUUUUUCCCCUCACAUUUGAGAAAAAUACACAACGUCAUGGUAAACGAGGGGUCCAAAAAUGGAGGCAGUUUUACACUGCAUUGUUUUUGUCCGAUGUCUGCCUGUAAGUACAGUGGACAAGGAACAGGAGACAGACAUUUCACGAGUCUGAAACUUCUCCGUCAGCAUUUUAUGAAAGUUCAUGCAGAAAAGAAAUUCAAGUGUGAGAAGUGUGGCCUGAGUUUUGGUCUGGAUCGUGACAGACGGCUUCACCAGGGGAGAUGUGGACAGAUAUACAGGUGUACAGACUGCGAGGUGGAAUACUCUACCAUUGAAGCUCUGCAGACACACUGCUUACGGAAUGGUCACAGGCCACCUGGAAAACCUCCAAAGAUAGUUGAGGAGAAGUUUGAAGGAAUAAAGGACAAACAAUUUCUGAUGAAUCAUGGUAAAACAAUCUCCACUCAGACCACAGGGAAAGGCAUGGUGACGACACCAGUACCUGUAAUUCUGGUUGACUUCACUACAAAAACUCCAAUGGAGCGAGAGAUUCUGACCAAGUCUUUGUACAUGAAGCCAAUUUUGCCCAAGCCAUCUGUCAAACUUUUAGUUCCACAACAAAUCCGUCCCACAACUAACGUGACUCCAUGCCAUGGUGCUAACACAGAAAUCACAAUUCCAGAGGAACUACAAAACAUUUCACCAGAAACAACAGACUUGGAUGAUGUUUUAAGCAGAUCUGUAUCAGAAGGAAUACAGGCCUCCAUUGGAGACAAAAAUUUAGACAAAUUGAAUGAAGAACAAUCUUUGCUCGAAAAAUCUUGGUCAUCUACAGGAAUUCAGACAGCAAUAACCUUCAAACCUCAACGGAAAAAACAGCUGGGUACUGUUGCCCAGACCCAAACGACAGGAGACAUGAUUUUAAAGAAAGCUAUGGCAUCUGCUGACAUUCCCAUUCAUAUGGAAUCGGUUGGCACCCAGAUGACACCGCAGUUAAAAGGCCAGAGCUUCAAGAGAAGGACCUGCACAAUAGAAACUCAAACACAGUAUGAAGGCCCUUCCAAACACAAGAAGAGUAGAAAGUCUUUACUCAAUGAAUUAAUGACAGAUUCCGUGUCUCAAACAUCAGGAACAAGUAAUUCUAAAUCAGAUAGCAUGUGUCAAGUGGACAAUUUCAGACAUUUUACACUUGUGGACAUCAGCAAGAGCUCAACAACACAAGCAGCGCAAACUGACAAAUUCAUACGAAUUGACACAAUGUCACAGACAAAGGAACCAGUGUUGGGUGGGCCACAAAAUUUAAAGAGAAGCCUUGUUCCUAAAGAUAAGCCAAUUCUACCUAGAAAGAAUCCAAAUUCAUUUGUAGCGACAUAUGAUAAAUCAAACAUAAGUCAACAAAUCUCAAAUGUAGCAGUUCAGUUCAAAACAAGAAUCACAACACCCAGUGAGAGUCCAUUUUCAGACACAGAGACUGGACCAAUACUCAGUGUUACAGAAGAAAGGGAUUCAAGUGAGGAGAGAGCACUACCAACACCAAACCCAUCAUCUAGGCCAAGUAUGGAGUCAGCUUCUGUACAGGCUACUGAUACAGAUAAUGAAGCAGAUAUUGCUGUUUCCAAUGGGAAUAAGGUUCAUGAUAUGGGAAUACAAACAUUUGAAGCAGACUUUGAAAGGUUUCUUCUUUCUCAGUGUGAAAACAUUGAGAAUCCUCAACAGACGGAGUCUCAAGUUCAGACCCAGAACACAGCUUCAGACAUGGAUAUUUUGUUGCAGAUGUCAGAAAAAGACACCAGUCCGACUGAAAUAUCCAUGGAUACCCAGACACAGACAGUGGACAUGGAUACUAUAGAUAGAUGGGUGAACAACAUGGAGACACAGACAUCAACAUUCAACUCCUUCUCCUUCAACGACAUUGAAACUCAAACUUUGCCUGAUUUGUCUUUGAUUUCAGAAGAAUCGAGUUUCAUGAAUGACUUUUCUCUGACCAGCAUUCAAACCCAAACAAUGGAAGAUGAUCUAUACCAAAGCCUUUCUACCCAGACCGAUGGUUUCAUGGAUAUGUUUGACUUCUCCCUAACUAGCAUCCACACACAAACAUCUGAACAAAGUGGUCACGCUUCAACACAGACUACUAGUCAGACAACCUGUGAGUUAAAUGAGAUAGGAAUUGGCUGUGAUUUAACAGAUGUCAUAUAUUCCUCCAAUACAGAGACACAGACGGCAGAUCUCAGUCUCUCCGAUACUCACACACAGACAGCAUGGGAUGACCUGAGUAAUCUGCUGAAGGAAUUUCAAAAGUGAACCAUAUACAGCAAACAGAUCACAAUCAUUACGGGUAUUAAACAUGUUUAAAGCUGUGCUGCACAUUUAGAUUAUAUUCCUCAUUCAUGAACCCUCCAUACACGAACUAGAAAUAAUAUCGUAUAUCAGGUUUUUUCUGCGUCAUGUUUUUUCCGCAAAUCAGAACCUAAAACAGUAUAUCAAAUUUACAUGAAUCAAAUUUUCACUAUUUCAAAGUAAUACAAAAAUAUAAUUUAUGAUUAUUUAAACUUAUGAAGAAAUUGGGGCAAAAAGCCAGCAUUUGUAUGUAUUACUGUUAAUGCAAAAAUUCAGUCAGUGAAACGAUUUACGGGAUUUCUGAGUUACUGUCGCGAUUAUAAUCAAAUCUCAAUAUGGAUGAUAUUCCUGCUUCUCUGAAUCCAUCUCUGAUGAUUUCGGGUUUUGUUCGCUGGUAAUCAUAGAGCUUUUGUCAGCCAUUUUGGUCCAAGUGGCUUCAUCCAGGUGAGAAAUAAAUCGAACUUCACCUCGUCAAUUUCGGAAGAUGCGCUCAACUGAUCACACACAUGUGCUGCGAACCAGUUUUCCAAAACAAUUUUGCACUUUUGUUUACAAUCAAUUGUAUUGUAGAUUUGUACAAUUUUGCGGUAUAGUAACGUAAAUCACUGUUCAUUAGCUAUAAUGGUACUAAUAAAUUUUUUUUAUUGAUUAUCAUUUUCAGUUUAAAAUGGUCAUAAACCAUGUACUGUUCCAUGUAUGAGUAGUUCAGGUAUAAUUAUAUAUUAAUUGAAGCAAAGAACGUGACCCAUUUAAUUAGCAUGUCCUUUAUUAGAUAAACACCGAGGCUUACAAACCUGUUACCUAGUGCUUGUCGGGUAUAUGGGGGAGACAAAACACACUGAACACAGAACUUUCACCGUACUAUUACCUGUAUGCUAUAUAACUCUAUUACAAAAACAAAACUUUGAAUCAAAUUUCUUCCGCGAUUCAGAAAUCGUUGUGAACAAAGCAGAAAUUAGAUAUACGUGGAAAAAAAAACUGAUGUACUGUAAUCAUGUCUCACGCAACAAGUUGCAGAGGAUAUAAUGUUUUUGACCUGUCUGUCAGUCCUGUUAUCUGUGUAACUCCUCUGAAACUGCUAAACAGAAUUUCAUGAAACUUUGUAGUUAAUAAAGACUUGCUGUGUAGAUGUGCAUAUUCACAGGAAAUUUUUACUUGGAGUUAUGCCCCUUUUGAAUUUAGUUUGGCUUCUGUCCUGUUUUUGUCAUUGUUUAUAUCGUGUAUUAAUUUUGGUGCAUCAGAAAUACGGGGUUUUGAGGGAGGAGUGGGUGACAAAAAUUUGUCAAUAUUGAAAAUGCCAAAAUUUCCAUUUAUAUAAACCCACGCCUGCUUAUCUAAAAAAUAAUCUGUAAAAUAUUAAAGAUGCCAAGUUAUAUAAUAUCUGGUACAUGUAUUGCCUGCAUAGCAUUUUGAUUUUGAAAGGACACCAAAUAUUGUUAUAUAUACAUGUAUUAGAAUUGUGGUUCAUUGAUUAUCGUCACUUUUAAUGUUAUUGUUUUUGCUGUUGUAAACAAAAACAUGAUUGUAGUUUGAGUUGCAGGAGUCAAAGCAUCAACUGAAUGUUAAUCAAUUAUUAUAAAGUUCCUCAGAAUAGAUUCAUGUCAAAUUACCAACACAACAGCUCAGUUCAUAAAGAGGACUUGUUGCUGUUAAGUAUAAAGGAAUUUCAAUUCAAUGCACUGCUAUGAUUUCUGAUUGACUGUAGCACCAGAAUGUUUGGAUUUGAACAUGUAAAGUGACCUUUGUGAAUACAAUUAAUUAGUUUUGUUACAGUUGAACACUUUUUACCAUAGUUUUUAGCUCACUUGAGCCUUCAGCUUUUUUUAUCAAAAUUUGUCGUCGGCAUAAACUUUUCACAUUUGUAUCUUCUUCUCCAGAACCACUGGUUCAAUUUCAACCAAACUUGGCACAUAGCAUCCUUGGAUGAAGGCUUUCAAGUUUGUACAAAUGAAGGUCCAUGCCCCCUUCAAAGGGACGAUAAUCACAAAACUGCAAAAAUAGAGUGGGGUCAUUUAGAAAUCUUCUCAAGAACCACUGGUCCAGAGGAGCUGAAAUUUACAUGAAAACUUCCUGACAUAGUGCACAUUCAAGUUUAUAAAGAUUAUGGUCCCCAGGGGUAGGUUGCUGCCACAAUAGGGACAAAGUUUUACAUGCAAAUAUAUAUGGGAAAUCAUUAGAUAUGGGCUAAGGUGACUCAGGUGAACGAUAUGGCCCAUGAGUCUCUCAUUAAAUUUUUAAGAUUUGUUGGACUUUGUGCCAAAAAUAGUUUUCCAGACUUUUUUCUACCAUUCUUUAAGUUAGGAAUCUGAAAUUUGUUACGUGCUUUCUUGAUAGGUGGAUACAGAGUUUCACUUUUAUUACAAUUUACUUUUCUAACAAAUAUUGUAAGACUUGGUUUGAUGGUUGAAUGAACUUUUUAUUUUU